AUGACUUCUGGUAGCACGACCACCGUUCCGCUUAAGCCUUGGAGCGCGGUGCCGCCGAAGCGGUAUAAGCUGGUGGACGCACGUCUGAUAGAUCCCAAAGAUGGUUCCAUUCACGAGCAUGUAACCAUUGACAUCAAAGAUGGCAUCGUCCAUCGUAUGACCAAGCUGAACUCUGCUGCUUCGCCAGGCGAUGAAGUCCUCAAAUGGUCAAACAACGAAUCAAUCACAGUUGUCAAUCUCGAGGGUCGCUACGUGUUGCCAGGCCUCAUUGACUGCCAUGUGCAUUUAAGCACGCCGCCGGGCGAAGAGGGCCUCGGCGCAACCAUGAACGUGCACCACGACACUUCUCUUCUCCGCCAAACAUACCUCGCCAACGAGAUCUUGAAACGCGGCUUCACGACUGUUCGGGACUGUGGAGGAGCCGGGCUCGCUAUCAAAGAGGCUCUCGCUGAAGGCCUCGUUGCUGGUCCUCGGCUGUUCAUCGCUGGACAUGGCAUCAGUCAGACUGGAGGACAUGGCGAUCUUCGCAACGCCAAGGACGCCGAGUACUCAUGCUGUGGCGGCAAUACUAAAGGACUAGGCAGAAUUGCGGAUGGCGUAGACCAAUGCUUACAUGCUGCACGGGAAGAAUUACGUCAAGGGGCAGACUUCAUCAAGAUAAUGGUUUCCGGAGGCGUGGUAAGCCCAACGGAUGCCCUGGUAAAUCUGCAAUACACGCCCGAGGAAAUUCGGGCUUUCACGAAGGUCGCCAGCGAUUCAGGAACGUAUGUCACCGCUCACGCAUACACCCCAGCCGCUAUUCGAAAUGCCAUUGAGAACGGCGUCAUGGGAAUUGAGCAUGGUAAUCUGAUUGAUAUGCCCACUGCAAAGCUGAUGGCGGAGAGAGCCGCCUUUUUGACCCCAACAUUGGUCACAUAUCAGACCAUGGCAUCGAAGGAAUUUGGCUCGUUCUUGCCACCAUCAAUAGCAGUCAAGAAUCUGCAAGUCUUAGACGCCGGUCUGAAAUCGAUCCAGAUCGCGGACCAGGCCGGGGUGACGCUUUGCUACGGAACUGAUCUUCUUGGCCCGCUCCAAGUCGCUCAGACGGGAGAGUUCACACUGCGAAAGCAGGCUGGUCUGAGCUCGCUCAAGAUCCUGCAGAGCGCCACCGUCAACGCGGCAAGGAUGCUACGGCAGGAGAACAAGCUCGGCCGCGUCAAAGAGGGCUGCGUGGCUGACCUGUUGAUACUCAAUCGGAACCCGCUGGACGACAUUGAAGUGCUGGCUCGACCCGAUAAGCAUCUGCUCGCUGUGAUCAAGGAUGGCAAAGUCAUGCACAGUCGCUGGUCCAAACUCGCGGUCGGCACAGAUCCUGCCCAGUUGAUCGAAUGAUUUGGCGGAAGACGGUCGU